AUGCAGCGCCCCAAACGGCAAGUGGGCGUGGCAUCUCUGGGCGAGAUCGCUCCUCAUCUGAAGGCGCUCGCCAACCGGUACUUGACUCAGGGAUUCCGCCCCAUCCAGGUGUAUUGGACGGAUUUGUGCUGCGGAGACGGGAACAUCAUCCAGUCAACUCUUGGACCAGCAUCUCAACAUGUGCCAGACUUUGCGUUGUCAACAUACUUUGCUGAAGAAGCUGAGCGGCAGCUUCCAAAUCUCGAGUUCCCUGCCGGAGCCUCACCGAUAUUGGUGCGCGUGGCCAGCGAGAACUGCGAGCUCUCCAGCAGAAUUUGCCUUCAGCUGUUGAGGCGCGCUCGGGCAUCGGCUCCUGCGGUGCUCGGAUUCGACAUUGAGUGGAGUGUGCGCCCAUCCGGGCCUCGUCGCCAAGUUGCACUCGUACAGUUGUCAGCACGCGACGGCUACACGGUCCUUUUCCACCUCAAGUAUGAAGAGCGCCGACGAGGGAUCCUGCCCACAGCUCUCAAAGAACUGCUGGUCAACGACACCAUUCAGCUGGCUGGGGUGUCGGUUCGCGGUGACCUCACACACCUUUUCAACAGCUACGGUGUUCAUGGUACUAAGCCGGUCGAUAUUGGCCAGCUUGCAGGAGUCCAUCUCCACGUCAAAAACGGAGCACGCUCGCUCCAAGCGCUGACCGCAGAACUACUCCAUCGACGAUUGGCGAAGGACGCAGUUCGCACCAGCAAUUGGGAGACAACUUUAACGAAGGACCAGGAGAAGUAUGCGGGGCUUGACUCCUAUGCGGGUGUUCUCCUCUUUUACCGUAUUUGGGCGAGAAUGGACCCCAUCCUGACGGAAUGCCGACCGGAUGUGCUGUCGCUCCCUGCCAACACCCAUCUACGCCUGUACACGAGUACGAACACACGUUGUGUGGCGGAGGGGACCGUCGAAGAAUAUUCUCAGGACGGCACGUGGGGAAGCACUGGCCUGACGAUUGGGCAUGUAACGGGGGGUGCUACACGGAUGGUGGUGAGGUUGACAGUGAAGCACGUUCCUGGAGCAUUCGUGCUUCACCCUGGCGAGGGUGGCGGCCAAGUGCAAGCGCUAGACGAGCUUGAGCUUGGGGCUCUCGUUCUGUGGGAUGCGAUUAACUCCAGACUGCCGACUGACGCCGACAUCGUCGGGGGUGGAAAUGCUGGUACCACAGCAACUAGUUCGGCUUCGACACCUGGGCUUGAAGAACAGGUGGGAGGGUCGGCGUCCUCGUCGGGCGUCGCGGGGUGUGGUGGUGCUACUGGUGCCACCAGAACUGGUUCGACAUCAACUCCUGGGUCUGGAGGGCGAGCAGGAGAGCCGGCACCUUCAUCUGCCAUGGACGACGUGAGGAGCGUAUGGAAGCUGCGGAAUCCUUCGUGGAACGACCAGGAGAUCGCUUCCGACAUGCGGGCAAAGUACGCGAGUCACCUCUUGAAACAUGUGCCACGGAUAGUGCCUUCUCCGGAUAUUCUCCUACCGCGAUUUGACAACCUGGUCGAGACUUUCAAGAACGUUCGUGACGUCACAGGCGAAACGCUAUUCACGGACCGCAUGCACAAGGCCACGAAGCUGCUCCGCACCCACAUCGAGAAGGGGUGCUUGCAUGACCCAAACCCAGACCUUGUAACGUUGUUCGAGAUCACGGGGCGCACGAAGGACGGGCUAAAUUUGAUUCGGUCAAUCAAAGGCACGAACCGCAUCGAAAACUUCCACCAACUGCUGCGGCUGCUGAUGGGAUCCUACCACGCCUCUGCUCUGAUGGCGCAUUUCACCAUGCUGCUACACAACUACAGGCGGAACCAUCGCAUGGCCGGUUUGCAUAGGGGUAUGGACCCCGACCUGCUCGGCUACUACAGCCACUGGGAAGUUGAGGACAUCCAAGCCAUCACUAAGGGGUGGUACGACGACGAGCCUCUGUACCCUGGCUAG